AUGGUGAAGCCAUCGUCAUCCCGAAAAUCGAGCACGAAGAUGGAAGCUUCAAGCUUGAGUAUGCUGAACGAUGAUCUUCUGCAGAACAUUCUAGCGAGGCUUCCUGCUCUACCCUUCGCUUCCGCUGCCUGCGUCAGCAAAACAUGGAACUCUGUCUGCAAUCGCAUCCUCUCUCGUCCCAAACUCUCUUCCGCGCUUUCUAUCAACCCUUCGCUCCCCGAUGCCGUGAACGAAGUUGUGAAAAAGGUUCUGUCGGAGCCAAUUCGACCCCAUUUUGCUAUUGCCAAUACUGGAACUGGAUUCAGCAAUUCCAAGACCCUGCGUCUUAUUAGACAGUCAAUGGGAUCUAAUAUUCCUGUUAUUGUUACCGUAGCAAAUGGUAUUAUUGGAAGGGAUGCUGUUACUGAUGAGUUUAAAGAGGUCAAAUGGGGUGCCCUUUUUAGUGGCUUUGGUGAGGAAGCAUAUGCAAAGUUUGUAAAUGAAGGCAUAGUUUUGACUGUUGGCUAUUUGCCUGGAUUGAAAGUUGAAGCUGUGCCGUUGCGGCGGCCACCAAAGACAUCUCAAGCAGCAUGCAUUGACAAUUUUAUAUUGGGUAUUAAGGAAUAUUCAGCCACUGUCUCUGGUCGCCCAUUCCCUAUGGGCAUCAUAUUGUUUGGAGAAGCAAGCAGUGACAUGAAAUUGGUUCUAGAGAAAUUGGAUUAUGCCAUGCCUAUGGACACAGUCAUUGUGGGUGAUGAGAGAGGCUCCUUUGACUUUGUACACAACAGUGGGAAUGAUUCUAGAAUCAUUUGUAGUAAAAAAGGAAACGUAGAAGCUGUUGCUCUUGUAUUUGCUCAGGAUAGAGACAGGUCUUUGGGAACUGUUAGGUUUCAUGUUGCAUUCUCAGAUGGUGUUUCAACUGUUGGUCCCAGAUACAAGGCAGCCUCAGUUAGACCAAACACCACUGAUUGUGCAACAUGGUUAACUGCUAGGAGGGAAGGGGAACAGGAACUUCUUGAUGGUCAGACUAUUCUACUUGAUAUCAACAAUUUGCUGGAGAAUCAUAUUGAAUCUCCUGAUUUGUACAUUGGGGUAAUUAAACAUAGGAAAUUCUCCACUGGAGCAGAGAAGCCAAUGCCGAGAACAUGUGUUGCAUAUCAUGGAAUUGUGGGAGGUGAUGAAGAGUAUCUAUAUGUUGAUGGCAUUGGCAUAAAAACAGGAGAUUUCUUUCAGUUCUACUAUUCAGAUCCCGACACUGCCUUGGCGUCAUUAACCAAGGUCCAUGAUGCCCUCAAGAAUAUUACACUGGAAAGAAAUUCUAGGAGUUUCAAGGGUGAUGGAGACAAUGCUGCCAAUGUUUUUGGGGGUCUAGUUUUUGCUUGUUACGGCCGGGGUGAAUCCUUCUUUGGACGUUGCAAUGUUGAUAGCUCCCCUUUCUUGGAAAAUUUUCCAGGAGUGCCAGUUUCUGGAAUAUUUUGUGGUGGAGAAAUGGUGCGCCCCUGUACCACUGUGAUCGGUCAAUGUGAAGGAGCAAGCCCCAUUAGUUGCUGUCUGCAUGUAUACAGCACUGUCUACUUAGCAAUGUCGUAUACUCCUCCGUCUGUGGAAGAUUAG